AUGUCUGCACCGGAAAUAGACGCCGGCACCGCGCCCAAAAAGACCAAGCCAAACCCGCGCGAAGCUGCCCUUCUCGCCGCUGAAGCUCGCCUCGGUCGACCUUCUGUCCAGUCCGCUGCUGCUGCUUCGUCAUCAACCCCGACAGUCGCUCCCGGUCCCAAAGCUGCUGGAGCGUCCACACCUCCUCUAUUCAGGUCUGGCUCGUCCUCUACAGGUACGGCAGCCAAUAAAUGGACGCCGACGGAGAAGGAGGAGAAGGAAUGUAGGAUCAAAUUUGCGAGGUUGCUUGAUAGGGGGCUGGUCAGGGACAAUGGGUACAGGCAGGUCGCCGAGGGUGUCGAAACUCUUAUUCUGAUAGCCAAGAACGUCAAGGAGCACGACGAUCCAAAGUACCGCACGCUCAAGGCUUCCAACUCCCUGCUCAAGAACAAGGUGCUCAACCUGAAGGGUGGCCACGAGUACCUGAUUGCUCUCGGGUUCCGAACGCAGACGAUCGACUUCUCACAAUUCUACGUCUUUACUGCGACACUGAAGACCUCUUUUGAGCUCCGCGUGGGUAGCGAAGUCCUCGAAGAGCACCUAUCCGGUCUCCAGGCGCGGGCAGCCAACUCUGCACUCUCAGCUCGUUCCCACAAGGAUGCCGAAGCCGCACGCGUCGCUCAAGCCCUCGCCCAGAUCGAAGCAGACAGGGAUGGUGUCGUCCUCCGGCAACAGCGCGACAAGAUCAUGCGGGAUCGUGAGGAACGUCUCAAGCGGGAGGCAAAAGAGAAGCUGCAGAGGGAGGAGGAGGAGAGGGAGCGAUUGCAAGAGCAGGCGGAGGCGAUGGGGACGGGCGGCGGGAGUAGCGUGCCGGGCGGUCUGUUGUUGACGGGAGGCGCGGCGGCAGCUCAGGCGGCCCAAGACGACGAUGAUGACGACAUGGAUGAUGACGAUCAGGAGGACGAGGACGAUGAGGACGAGGAUGGGGAGUCUGCUCUGGCAGGGCCGGCGUGGGGAGGAGGGAGGAAGCUGGGCGAGUAG